AUGGCUGUUCAGCGAAACGGCGUUGUUGUUGCAGCAGAAGACUCACUCUACUAUGCAAUGAUUUUCAGGCGUAUGUUUCCAACAAUGAAAAUUAGCGUAAGUGGUUGUGAGUGCGAUGCCCUCUACUAUGUAUUUCUUGAUGUUGUGCCAGUCGACAAUAGGCGAUACCGGUAUAUCUACAAUAAAUCUUCAUGGUUAACUGCUGGAAAAGCUGAGCCAGCUCCUAGAAAUCGACUUUAUAUGCAUCCAGAUUCGCCUUUUAUUGGUGAACAGUUAUCGAAACAAGUGGUUUCAUUCGAAAAAGCUAAGCUAACAAAUAAUGAAAUAGAUAAAACGGGCCAUUUGAUCUUGAACUCGAUGCAUAAAUACCAACCCAGAAUUCAUAUCGUUAGAAGGCCAAAGGAGUGCCCUAUCGAACAAUCUAUAACAAUUGAUCUCCAUAAUGAGCAAUACAAGACCUUCCAAUUCAUGGAAACACAAUUUAUGGCAGUGACGGCUUAUCAGAAUCAAUUGAUAACUAAGUUAAAAAUUGAAAAAAAUCCUUUCGCCAAAGGUUUCCGCGAUCCAAGUGGACGUUCACCUGAAUAUGAUAUAGAAACACGAUCUGAUCUUCCAGUUUUAUUACCAUCGUUAUAUUCACCUACAUUGGCCCAACAAACUCUUUUCAGUCAGUAUUGGAUAGGAAAAAUGCAACCGCGAUUAACUUUUCAGCCGCGAAUGCUUACACAAAUGUUCAGUCCUAGAAUACCAUUCCUUAGUAUACCAGCGCCCACAGCUUCACCAUUAUCACGAACGUGUGAUCGACGAAACAGUGUAGAGAAUGACCGAUUUAUGGCCAUAAAAAACUCUUCCAAGCAAUAA